GCCAGCAGCUGCUCUGUCAUUUUGCACAGCAGUUUAUCAUCGUUCCGUCAGUUGUUUCGUUCGGCAAUUGAAGUUUCUCCGUCGGUUUUCGCUUUUGCUUUAUUUGUUGGGUCAUUUGGAUAGUAUUUUUCUCGUAUUCCUAAUCGGAAGAGUCAAACCUCGAAUACAGUAGUGCAGCAUCAGUGACAGUGGCAAACAGCAGCAGUAGCGGUUAAUUUCUGGUGGUUCUGAAAGGAAGACGAUUUUGGAUUCCGAGUAUCUUUCUGUUGGUCGGCUUCAGCGGAGGACGGGCUAGUUUACUUACAUAAGCCGCAAGGAGGACGAUUCGUUUCCGGGUUGCACAAGGGCUUGGAAGCAACCGCUCAAGAUGUCCAAAGGUGGCAAAAUUGUGCUUCGCGUUCAAUCACCGGAUGGAACCAAACGAGUGGAUAUUCCCGAGACCAGUAACUUAAGGGAAUUGUACGAGCUCGUCCAUGCCGCCUUCUCGUUCAGCGAUUACGGAUUUGCGCUCUUCAAAGAAAGGAACUGUACAAAAGAGCUUGUAUCCAGUCGAUCUCAAUCGGUCAAAGAAAGCGGCCUAAAUCAUGGGGACAUGAUAUACUUGAAGCACAUUGCCGGUCCGUCAACUUCCAAGGAGCCUGAAAGAAGUUCCUCCGUAGCGUCGAUUGCCUCCACAAGUAGUUCCUCGUUCAGUGGGGCAGCUGGGUUUAGUCGAGAGCCAACUCCCAGCACCAGCUACGGUGCCAACGCUUCAGCAGUUUUGAACGGAGAGGAUUCAGUCGACAUUGAACUGUACAAGCAGGAUGGAAGAAUUCAAAGGAAACGGGAUGAAAAACUGUGUCGUCACAACUCGAAUGGCUGUUGCGUCCAUUGCUCCCCACUGGAACCGUGGGAUGAGACCUACCUCAAGGAGCAGAAGAUCAAACACUUCUCGUUCCAUUCGCAUUUGAAGAAGCUCACCUCCGGGGUGGAUCGUGGCAAGUUUGUCGCCCUGGAGGAUCUUAACUGCAAGAUCAAAUCCGGGUGCCGCGACCAUCCACCGUGGCCCAAGGGCAUCUGCUCCAAGUGUCAACCGUCGGCCAUCACGCUGAACCGGCAGGCCUACCGACAUAUCGACAAUGUCAUGUUCGAAAACACCGGAAUUGUCGAACGGUUCCUAAACUAUUGGCGCACAACGGGCCACCAGCGCAUCGGAAUGCUGUUUGGAACCUACGAAGUCCAUCCGGAUGUUCCGUUGGGCAUUCGCGCUCGUGUCGCAGCUAUUUACGAGCCACCGCAGGAAAGCACCCGGGAUUCCAUCCUCUUGUUGGAAGAUGAACACGAAGCCGAGGUUGAUGAAAUGGCCCGCUUGCUAGGGCUGCGUCGUGUCGGUUGGAUCUUCACGGAUCUGUUGGCAGAGAAUGCCGCCGCCGGAACGGUCAAACACGUUCGCGGUAUAAAAACUCACUUCCUCACGGCGCAGGAGUGCAUUUUGGCAGGCCACCUGCAGAACAAGUAUCCCAAUCGCUGUAAGUACGCUAACGGUGGGUACUUUGGAUCGAAGUUCGUCACGGUUUGCGUAACUGGUGACGAUAAGAAACAGGUGCACAUGGAAGGGUACGCCGUCACGGCGCAGUGUAUGGCACUAGUGAGAGAUAACUGUUUGAUUCCAACGAAAGAUGCUCCAGAGUUGGGCUAUAUUCGUGAGUCCAGCGACAAGCAGUACGUUCCGGAUGUAUACUAUAAGGAAAAGGACGUCUACGGCAAUGAAGUUCAACGUCUGGGGCGACCCUUGCCAGUCGAAUACCUGCUGGUGGAUGUACCCGCUUCGACACCGAUGGUUCCUCUGUUCACAUUCCACGAGCGAAAAGACGUCAGCCAGUACUUCCCGGUCGAGAACCGAAUGAUCGACGGUCACAUCCAGGACUUUGCUGCUCUCAGCGACUAUCUCGCCAAAUCACGGUCGAUGGACUUUUUGGAGUGUAUGUCCGACUUUCAUCUGUUGUUCUAUCUGUAUCGUAUGGAUAUGCUCCCGAUGAAAUCGCAAAUGGGACCCUUGUUGGAGGCAGUCCGCACUAAGGACAAGGCCGCUGCCAACGAGUGGAAAAACCAGGAAGUUUGGCGAACCCUCGAACAACUGAUCUCUGCCAGCUCACACCAUGACGACUCCAGUAUGAGCAACGAUGUGGAGUUCGUUUCCGCCGGUGAGGCGGAACAGAACUGGACAUGCAAUCACUGCACGUUCAUCAAUAGUCGGGAACUGCCAACGUGCGAGAUAUGUAAUCUUCCCAGAGUUUAAAAAUGCUAAAUACACGUACUAAGUAGCUGCAGAUGGAUGAACAAGUUUUAGCUAACAACAGCAACUUUGGAUAUUGCAAAUUUGUAUAUUAUCUAUCACAGAGAACAGUUGAAGUUUCAGUUUGGCAAAACAAAAGAUUGGGCAAUGGAAAACAUCGCUUCUGAUAAAACCCUAAAUAAUAUAUCUAUUUUUGAUUUAGUUCUCUCAACUGAUUGGCUAAUAUAAAACAAACCUAAACUAGA